AGGUAUUGAAUUUGUACAUCAUGGAACUAUACUGGAUUGUGAAGAAAAAGACUGGGAUUUCACAAUGAACGUUAAUGUCCGCAGCAUGUAUUUGAUGAUCAGAGCAUUUUUACCCAAGAUGCUUGCUCAGAAAUCUGGCAAUAUCAUCAACAUGUCCUCUGUAGCAUCGAGCAUCAAAGGAGUUGUAAACCGCUGCGUAUACAGCACCUCAAAGGCAGCUGUUAUUGGACUGACCAAGUCUGUGGCUGCGGACUUCAUUGAACAUGGAAUCAGAUGCAACUGUGUGUGCCCUGGUACCGUGGACACUCCAUCUUUGAGGGGGAGAAUUCGAGCAAGGCCAGACCCUGAUCAGGCUUUAAGUGAUUUCCUGGCAAGGCAAAAGACUGGCCGAAUGGCCACUGCAAAGGAGGUUGCCCAUCUAUGUGUAUACUUGGCAUCUGAUGAAUCUGCCUAUGUGACUGGAACAGAGCUAAUCAUUGAUGGAGGGUGGAGCUUGUGAGAACUCACACUGGUCGAAAGGUCUGCAUCAACUAAAAAGGAUCCAUUAAGUUGCUGAAUAAUGUUCCUUUAAGAAUGGAUUUUAUCUCAUUUUUCAAAUCUUUACAUUUCUUAUGCUUUAGAUUUCUUUACAAAUAGUCUACUAUAAAGCUCACCAAGAACAAAAUCUGAUCAAGUAUGUUUCUCCAAUGUUGCGUCGCGAAAACGAUUAAAGAAUGCCUUG